ACCGGGGCGGCUUGUCGGCUCGCCCAACGCUCGAUGUAGAAUAGAAAGCAGAGGAGAUAAGUAACACCCGACAAUCCCGAUAGAUGUAUCUCACUCGAGAAAUUUGCACUAAAAUCUUUAGAAAGCUGGUUUUCUUUCUUUAGUCCUGCACGCGCUCGCGGUUAACAUGGACUCCAGGUUUAUUUUGGACAAGCCGGUGGUCGCUGGGGCCGACUUCGGCUGCUCGGUGCUCCACGACAGCCGGCUGGGAAGACGCGGCGAUGACGCGCCCGGUAGCGGGGCUCUCUUCUUCAAAUGUGUGCUGGACGGCGAGGCGGCGGCGAAGGUUAAAGCCUCCCCUCGAAGGAACGGACGAAUAUUGGCCGACGUGGAUAAACCCGGCCUGGGGGACCACAGAGACACUGGUUGCACUGCUAGCCUAAAGAGGGCCAGUCCUACUCACUGCCCAGGCACAAAUGGGCAAAUGUCAGGCAGCUAUAUGCACUUGGACAUCAGGAAUCAAGAGAGGCAGGCGGAGUUGGCCCUCAGCCUCAGGCCAGUGCAAGGACAGAAUCUACCGCCGAUGGAGAGACAAUCGUUCACUUCUUCCCAUAUCCCUGUCCCCAGAAACAGGAAGCCCUCAGGUCAUGCUGUUAAGGAGGUGAUGGCCGCUGCCGUUCUGACAUCGCUAUCCACGUCCCCGUUGGUGCUCUGCCCGUCCUCUGCGCCCCCAGUUCCAGAGCCAGCAAACAGGACUUGGAAAGAGGCACUGUCAGCCAGUUACAGCAGCUCCACGAGUGGCAACUGGAGCUGGGAUGCGAGCGACCAAUCGGUGCCCUCCACCCCAUCACCACCUCUGUCCAACGAUGCCAACAAGAACUUCCUGCUCUCGUCCCAGGGGGAUGAUGUCAACGAGGACGUUCCAGAGAGUGCACACUUCAUGUUUGAGGACCCCAUACCUCGAAAGCGAAAGAACUCAAUGAAGGUGAUGUUCAAGUGUUUGUGGAAGAACUGUGAAAAGGUCCUCAGCACAUCCUCAGGAAUCCAGCGGCACGUCCGCACCGUCCACUUGGGGCGUAACAGUGACUCUGACUACAGCGAUGGAGAAGAGGAUUUUUACUACUCAGAGAUUGAGGUCAACAUGGACAGUCUGACAGAGGGCUUGUCCAGUCUCACACCCACAUCGCCCACCACCGCUGGUCCUCCACCUGUCUUCCCACUUCCGCUCGCCGACGUCUCUCACUCAGAGCACCUCAACAUGAAUGAACAGCAGAGCCACGCACCGACACUGCUCAGCCAAUCAGCGCCUUCCACGCUCUGCCACAUCCGCACUGACCAUGCUUACCAGGCCACUGCCCCUGUGAAUAUUCUCGUGGUUCCUGAACCGUCCAGCUCAAGCCAUGUUAAUGGAUCUGGGCCUAAAACCGGUACUGGAAAUGGCAUCAGUGUGUCAUGGCAGUCCCCUCCUGUCAUUUUCAAAGGCUUCCCGGGCCCUGCUGUUACUCAUGUGCGCACAGUGAGUAUCGGGGAGAAGCGACAGCCGGCAUCUAGCACGAAUGGCACUGUCAGCAAGAACCACACUUUAGUAACGACGGCGCCAAAAUCAGCACAAGGAAACCGGAAACCCCGUGGAGAAGCCAAGAAGUGCCGGAAGGUGUACGGCAUGGAGAAAAAAGAGAUGUGGUGCACGGCCUGUCGCUGGAAGAAGGCAUGUCAGAGAUUCACCGACUAAGACAUCUCCCCCCAGGUGACCCCCAACACCCUCGAUGAGCUCUUUGAAGCAUCACCUUUUCCUGUUCUCAGCGCUGCCUCCCGCAGAGCAGCGAGAGGUUUGCUGUCGCUCUUCACUUUUUCCAAACACAGACAACAAGUGGAACUUGAUGCAGGUUUUGAAACUUGUUUUCUUAAGACUGAGACAUUCUCACUCACUUACUGUUCAUAAGGAAAAAAAAACUGAAAAAAAAACAAAACAAAAAAACGUCAGUCGAUUUUAACUUUCUGAUGAUAUUUUUCUGGUUUUUGGUUGACUUUUUUUUUCUCACUAAAAAUGUAAGACUAGAAAAAUGUAUUUUGCUACACUCAGUUGGUCAUGAAGCAGCACCGAGCUGUUGUUGAUGGGGUGGAUCAUUCGCUCAGUGGAUCACUGAAUCAAUCCAAUGUUUUCAUCAGUAGCGAAUGAAUGAGAUCCCACCGUUCCGAUUCAGCCGUCUAUAUAAGCUCCGCCUCUAACCUUGUUUCCUGCAGCCUUACCGGAUCGACUGUGCGUCUUGCCCAUUCAUUCUCAUUAUCGCCAGCUUUACAUUUCUCUGCACAAAACCUUCAUGCCAAGUGGUACAAAUAAGAUUUCCCUUUCCUGACUUUGUCCCUGCCAAAAUCCUGACGAGAUGUCCACAAUAGAUGAGCUAUAUUUCCCUCUUGUCCUUCUCCAAGAAAUAUGCACCUUGAAGAAAAGAGUCGACCUUUCAGAGUAUCACUGUAACGGCAGCGUGUGGCCGAGAGAGCGGAUGUUUGUUUGAUAGAGUUUAUUGUCAGCAUGGACGUGCUGAAGCAACUAGCAGUUGCACUGUGCAAUCAGCAGGAUUACAACACUUUAAUAUUGUCUGUCUUGCUUUCAUGUUGUUGUUCAGGUGGGGUACACAAAAAGAAAAGUCUAUCUUUUUCCCCCCAUUUUACAGGCCGUGGUCCAAAAGAGAUUGUUUAUCACAAUGAAUGAAACCCUUUAAAAGUCUGACUGAUGUACUUUAUGUACUAAUGUGCUUCAUGUACUCAUCCAACAAUCCCAGCCUGAUCUCAGGUCAGGACUUGUUCCACUUUUUGAUCCGGGAAGACUUUAGAAUUUAUCGGAACAUUCAUCUUUCUAUAUGAUUAUGUUGGGAAAGUGAGAUUCAAAGAGGUCAACGGGAAGUUGAUUCAUAAAGUUGCUUGUUGUACUUUGUGACGGGACGGUAGAUGAAACUUAGCGGGUCGAAACCAAUUUGGAGGAAAAAUAUUUUUAGCCCUAUUUUAUUAAAAAGAGGUUCGAGGAAAAAAGCAGUAGUUGUUUAAAAACACACGUUUUGAUUCUAGUAUCUUGAAGCGUUGUGAUUGGCUGAUUGUCUCUUGGUGAUUAUUUUAGUAAUGGAAGUAGAUUCCCUGUUUGUAAUCAAUGUAUCUUUUUAAUCUCCCCCUUCUCAUCCUUCUUAUAUAAUUACUACAUUCAGAGAGCCCUUAGAAGAACAUUUAGACACCCCUUAGAAAAAUGUAGUCCUCUUUUACUAAGUUGUAUGUUUUUUUGAUAUUAGUUUGACUUUAAUGAAAGUUAUUGAACAGCAGAGCAUGCAGUCAAGUUCAUAUUUAUAAAGCCCAAACUUCAAAUUGACUGCUCAGCGUCUUUGGGCAUUUUCCAGAAAAAAGUUGACAUUUUAUUCCCAUAUGUUUUAUCUUGAUCAUUACCCACAUUUUCAUUCAAAUGCAAAUCCACCUGCACAAGGGACCUCACCCGCAUCGUCAUGGUAACACAUGACAAACAUACACAAGGUCUGACCCUUCCAACAAGAGCUGGCACUUUGUGACUUUUGUCCUCUGUCGCCAUAAAAACGCGGUGACGCUUCUGGCUGAUGUCACCUCUCGAUGCCUGUAAAGUCGCACAACAGCAACGAUGUGCACCUGUUGUCGUUCAUAUCUUCUCCCACUGGAAACACUUGGGGGUUUAUUCCUGUGUUGCUCCCGUAAAGUAAUAAGCUAACUGGUGUCCUGUGAUUGGCUGAGCUCACAGAAACCUCACAAAGUGCCAACGAUGAGAGCUUCAAAAAGGAGACCCGAUUUCAAAUUGCACUACUCCGCACUGCGCAGCGUUUUUAUACAUGGAUGCGUUUUUUAAUACAAGUGAUGUUUCCUUUCAAAAUGGUGUCGGUGGGGUGUGGCCACUGCCUGAUAAGAAAAACGAGACAUCAGGGAUCGUCAUCAGCUGGCGUGAUUUUUUUACUCCUAGUGGCAGUGUUUACUUUGGAAGUCGCUUACUUUGAGGGCCAGAGAUAAAAAGGACAAAAAAAGCACCUGCUUUUUGUCUCCAUGAUGUGGACUCGGCUUUAUUGCUUCACCAUAGUCUGACCUUUCCAUCAUCUUUGUGCUUCCUGCUCACUUCCUCUCCAAGCACUCAGCAGUGUGUGUGUGAGUGCGUGCGCAUGUGUGUGUGUGUGUGUGUGUGUGUGUGUGUGCUUGCAGGUGAGAGAGUAGCAGGUGACUCCUAGCAAGCACUUUUUACAUUUCCACCAGCACGUGUUUGGAUGCUGCAGCAGCGCCAUCGAUUCCACCUUUCGUGUUGCACUAAUCAGUCGAGUGACGAUCAAGGCCUGCUGCCAUCAAACUUAGCUUGCUUGUUGAGAUUUGUGAUGACUUUUACCAGGAGGAGGAUGUUUGGUCUCCGUGGAAACGAGACACGCAGUGAUCGAGAACGUUUUUUUUUUUUUUCUCUCUUUGUACAUACGCAGCAUUUUGACAACCGUGUGACACUUUUUCAUUUAUUAUGUUUGUGGUUGUUCCUCUCGUGUAUGAAAAGGAAACUUUUUUUUUUUUUUUUUUUU